AUGGAGGCAGACUUACUGCCCGUCGGAGGAGGCGAUGCCCAGCUCGACAGCUGGUCCGCCACGUGCGCCCGCUUCUUCCGCGGCGGGGACGCGGACGCGCGGGCGGCGCUGGAGCACUUCGAUGCGGCCUGCUCUCCCGGAGGCGGCCAGGCGCCGGCUCCCGUCACGGCCGUGGGGGCCGCGCGGCUGCUGGCUGCCGCGGGCCUCCUGGAUUUGGCCGGGGCGCCGGUGCCUCUCUCUGCAGAGCGGUACGGCGCCUACGUCUCGGCGCGCAACGCGGCCCGCUCGGCCGUGCACCUGGAGGGCGCCCGGGCCCGCCGCGAGCGCCUCGGGCAGCUCGUCGCGGAGCUCGGCGGCGCCGCUCCGGCCGCGGCGCGCGAGGCGUCGGAGCUGCCCACCCGGCUCGCGGCGGAGAGGAUGCGCGCCUCGUUGUCCGCGUUCGGCCGCGCGUACGGCGGCGAGAUGAUGGCGCACCCGUUCUUGCGCGGCCUGCGGGAGCUCCUCCAGCAGCAGCUCGGCUGCCCGAGCGUCGUGCGGUGGACCCUGCGGGAGGAGGUCUUCAUGGAGGCGGCGGGGGAGGCCUUCAUGGCCGACGCCCUGCGGCUCCUGAUGCACGUCUUCUGCUUCGUGCCGCGGGAAGAGCUCGGGGAGGAGGGCACCGGCGGGGGCUGCCUCGCCUGGGAGGUGGCGCCGGAUCUGUCGGACGCCCGCAUCGGGCGGUUGCUGGCGCUGCUGCCGCCGGAAGCGCGGUUGGAGGGGCGGGCCACGGGCGACGUCAGCCGCACGUCCAGGCAGCGCACCAACGCGGGCGGCGAGAGCGACGAGGCCGAAGGCCUGGCGGCGCUGCUGCGGGGCAGCUGCGCGCUGCUCUGA